AUGGAUAAUCUGCUGUUAGGUUUGGGUUCGGAGGUCCGCGAGUUGAAAUUGGGGGCCACGUUCACCCAUCCAUCCGCGCAAACCGCAUAUCAUACUUUAAAAUACGACUUCAAACCAGCCAGUGUAGACGUCAGCAAAUCAGCAACGCUUGAGGUUGGAUCCAACAAAGAAGUGACAGUUACCGUGCCACAUCUGGAUGGCUCCGGAGUUCCCAAUACGGUGUUCAAGGGGAACCAACAGGAUUACAGCAUGAAGGAUUGUGUGCUCAUUAUCGACCACGCCACGGGGGAAAUUACGCUCGAGAGACUGUGUAGUAAUGUGCAAGUCAAGAAGACAAGAACUGAAGGCAAAAUCGUUCAGCCUCCUCCUCAACCAGCUUCGAUUAAGAUGGAAAAUCCCACUGCCAGACGAAGCUCCAAAACCAAGGUCACCACCGGUCAUCGCAAGAACGGUCUCAUCGAUCUCGCACCAAAACAUUUACCCUUACGAAAUUCGCCGUACUGCCGCCCAAACAAGACUCCACAGGAACCGGCCGGGGGUGCCAGCAAUUCGCAUCAGUCAUUGCCGAGUCUUCCAAUUAUCGGCAUGGGUGAAAAUGAUUUUAUCUCUGUGCCUCCAUUACCAGAACCAAGGACACAGGCGCAAAAGCAGCGACAGGAACAACAAAUGUACAAUGCAACUAUAACUGCAAGCCUCGCUAAUAACAAUAAUAACAAUGCCGCUUCAAUCGUAGAGGUUAAUCUUCCUAAGCCACUAGCUGUUACAAUGAGUUUGUCUGAAUCUAGUGAUUCGAGUAGCAGUAGUUCUGAAUCGGACACCGACAGCAGUUCUGAAUCGGACAGCUCUUCGGAGGACGAACAUGAUUCUCCGAUGAAAGGACAAAGCUGGGCAGAAGUGGUCAACCAUGCUAAUAUGGUUGUUAAAAACCAGUUGACCAUGGAUCUGUACCUGUCAGAGUCCGACUCGGAUUAG